ACUUGACGGAGAAAAAUGGAGGUUCUACAGGUAUUUGGUUCAGAAAACAGAACUACCUGAUUUUUACCAGGUUACCGAAUGGUUGUGCUUCACCAACCACUAUACUUCUGUUCAAAAUUUAAAGUUAAAUGUGUGGGAUAUAUAAUUAUACUGGAUGAGCAUGAGAUUAAUGAGAUUAAUAUGAUGCAAUUAUUCAAACAGUGUAGCAUUUUUCUUUUUGACAUUGUUAUUUUAUUUGACCUGAUUUUUACCUAAUAAUUUUUUUGACAGUCACAUAUUUUUCUCUCCCCCCCUACUGAAAGGCAGAACCAUGCAACAGUAUUAAAUUAAAAAAUUUGUUGUCAUUUUCUCUGACAUCAUCUUACAUGAGUUCACAAUACCUUCUGGUUACAUAAACAAACAGUCGAGGUCCAAAGGUUGUGCAGACGCAAUACCCUUCAGGUCCUUGCCCUACUCAAGCUCUGUUUGGAUUGGUCACGUCUUUGAGCUCCAUAAUGAGAACGAACUAAAGGAUCAAACUCAUUCAAGUAAUCAAGAUUUGUUUCAUCUGAUUUCCAAUUAGCUUCAUUUCCUUCAGCUACAAGUAUACUAUUUGAUCAGUGAACAAGGAGGAGACUAAUUUGUUUUGAAGAGCUGAUCCCUGUGAGCAUUUAGUUUCAACAGCUUCCCACAAACAGCUCCUCUGUCUGCAUGGACCUGAACAGGAUAAAACAGUGCUUGCUUUCUACUGCUAGACUUGUGUUUCCAAGGCUGAAGCUCAGUCAUGUGGGAAUUCUUCUUCUGCCUGAUGCCUUCAAUGUUCCUGUUCUCGAUUGCUAUACUUUUUCGAUCAAGGUGGAUUUGCCAUCUUGUGGAGGAAGGAACAAGGCCGCUACUUUGGCAUAUAUGGAUCAUAAUCUGCUCGAUAUUGAAGCUUCCACACCCCAGUGUUUUUUACGCCACUGGUGACCAGGAGCCAAAAAUAAAGCUGAUCUACAAACCGACAGUUCUGGCAAACUACAUCAUACAGAACUGUAAAGCUUUAGCAUGUGCACCACUGGCUAGGUGGCCAAAAGCAGACCCUCAUUUACAAAUUUUCUUCAAUUUCAUAUGGCCCAUUGAGGAAGGUGCACAAACAGACUGUGGAAUAACCUUCACUAGGGAUCAUUUACUAAUACAAGAUGGCGGUAUCAUAGCCCUGGAUUGGGCUAUCAGGCUGAUAGACCAGAACUCUCAGGCUAAGAGGGAUCAUUAUCCAGGAGAAAGAGCUCCAGGCUGCCAUACCAGCACUCCACCAAUUAUCAUUCUGAUUCCUAAUGCUUUGGGGAAGAUCACACAAAAUUUGCUGAGCUUGUGUCGCUUGGCUCUGCAGCAAGGUUUCUACCCUGUGGUCUUCCAUCGUCGUGGUCAUGGUGGAUGUCCGCUUGCUACUCCACGUUACCAGGAGUUUGGGGAUCCUUCUGAUCUGGUGCAGGCUGUACUAUACAUUCAGAGCCACCAUCCAUCUUCAGUUUUGUUUGCUGUCAGUGAAGGUUCUGGGUCUGGUCUGCUGCUGUCUUACCUUGGGGAGUGUGGCUCAUCUUCCUACCUGGUAGCAGCUGCUUGUAUAUCACCUGUGUUCCACGGACAACUGUUCUUUGAGACACCUUUCCCAAAACUAUAUCAUGAGGCAGCAUUGCUUUAUCGCAAGCUGCAACUCAGCAGGUAUGCAACUGCUCUAAGUACAGUUAUGGAUACUGAGAAAAUCUUCAGCUGUCAUUCUCUUCAAGACAUGGAGAAGUUGAUGUUCUGUUCAGUCAGAUUGCUAGACACCAGUCAGAAGGACACACUGGAGCAGGGUGUGGAGCUUAGAUCUGUACAGACUAACUGGGCCAGUUACUGGGAACGUAACGAACCCUUGCGAGAUGCCGAUGAAGUCGCUGUUCCUGUGCUUUGCUUGUGCAGCACUGAUGACCCUUUACUGCCUCCAGCCUCCACCUUACCCAUGUCCAUCUUCCAUAACAACCCAUAUUUCUUUCUGGCCCUGACAUCCCAGGGAAGCCAUUGUGGCUUCUUGCAGGAGGGCCCUCAAACCGCUGCUUCCUGGAGCCACAACGCAGUGCUGGAAUAUUUCCAGGUUGUCACAGAGUUCUUCAAAGUUGAGGAAAGAAAAUGCUUCAUGGAAGGGUUUGUUGGAUGGGAUAUUGUCCAGGGGCUCAGGCAAAAAACAGGUGCCAUGGCACACAGGAGGAGGAGACCAACCAUGCUGCGGAGAGAGAGGCCUGUCUUGGGUUCACAGAGACAACUCUCAUCUCAUUCAAGGUUGGUCACUUUUGAAGAGCAUGAAACGUUCACUUGGAAUAGAUCAUACACCCGAUGACGUGUGAAUUGUAACAAAAGUGAAAAGGACAAGGAGAAAUACAAGGUUUGACCUAAACCUGGGUGGGAUGUAAACAGUGAUUAGAAAAGCUGCAGGGAAGGAAAACGCCACAAAAACUUUUCAUUAAACGUAGUUGAAAAUUCUAAAGUGUUCCAGAGUGAAAACGUUAUUUUAAAAAGUGCUUAACUGGUUAAGCAAUUUCAGUUCUAGUGUGAUUUCAAGAAAGUCUAAACAUUUCCCCAACAGACCUAAAUUCCUGACCAGAAUUCAUCACUUCCUGCACGCCUGCCUACAGGAAGAGAUUACAUUAGAUAGCUGAAAAGAUCCAUAUAGAAAGUAUUUUUAUUACGAUUCUACAAGCAACAAAUCACACUGCAAAGUAGAAGGAUGCUCUGAACAUGUUAAAAAUAAAUACGUGUGUCUCGUUAAAUUCGUCGUUUGGUUUUAUUUCUACACUAGGCUUCUUAUAUGCAGAGGAGAUGUGCUCACAUGUGAAGAAUGUUAUUAAGCAUUCCUUUUAUUUCUUUCUAACUGGUUUCCAUCUAAAGAGACGGAGCAGAAUGCUGGAGCAGGAACGUAAAAAUAUCAUUUCUGCUAAGAAAGUAUUUCUAAUGUCUGGAUGUAAAUAUUUCAGGGGAAAACUGACUCCAGUUCGCUAAGACUCUGGGGGAAGUCGUGACCAAGAGAGGAAGCAGUUUUGAGGAAUGUUUUUGAUUUCUUUAAUCAUUGAUCAAACACACAAAGAUGCAUCGUAAAUAGCAGAAUUAGUAAUACUGCCAUUAAGUCAUCCAUUACACCAUGCACAAUUUAAUGAUUUUUUCCCCUCCAGCUCUAAACAAAUUGAUUUUUAAGGUUGUGCUGAUGGAAAUGUUUUCUCAUUAGGUUUGUGCUCUUUUUUAAAGCAAUCCUCACUUUUAAAACAUCAACUACGGAGUUCAACAUCUGCUUCCAGAUGAAAAAACAAGCACAAAACACACACACUGUACUGCAAAAAAUGGCAUCUUAGCAAGUAAUAAUAUCUUGAAUAUAGUCA